CCAGCCCGUCACAGCGUUACUUGAGCCCCAGGAGCUCUCCAUAACCCAGCCCGUCACAGCGUUACUUGAGCCCCAGGAGCUCCUCCCCAUUACCAGCCCGUCACAGCGUUACUUGAACCCCAGGAGCUCCCCAUUACCAGCCCGUCACAGCGUUACUUGAACCCCAGGAGCUCUCCAUUACCAGCCCGUCACAGCGUUACUUGAGCCCCAGGAGCUCCUCCCCAUUACCCAGCCCGUCACAGCGUUACUUGAGCCCCAGGAGCUCUCCAUUACCAGACCGUCACAGCGUUACUUGAGCCCACAGGAGGUGCUCCUCGCCCCCUCUCUCUACCCCAGCCAACACUUGAGUUUGAGAGGCACCACGUCACCGAGCGUGGCUUGCUAGGCUCUCCAGUGCCCGCCACGGUGUCAGUGGCACACGCCAGGUUCAUUGUUAUAUUUUAUACGAAAACUGUGAACUUUGUGCCAAGAGUUAUGGAAGAUAAUGUUCGUUGGAUGGAUGAGCGAGCGCCCCGCUGCCAGGGGUAUGGGGCAUGGGCCUACCUACCUGGCACGGAAGUGAAUGUAUGGAAGAUACCCAUAGCAGAGCUCCCCCUAGGAGUGCCUCUUGCAGGAUGCUAGGAGAGGACGUCGGAGGGCAGUGGAGUAAGGUGCCCCCGGGGGGCUAUCGUGUCGCCUCCAAAACAGUGAGGUGUGUGUUGGGUAUCGGGCACGGGCGGCCACUGGCGCAUACUUGGCGUGGUCCCCGGGUGCUGCCACGGUUUUAGCCGCCCAGGUGUGAGGAGCGCGGUAAGCUAGCGGGGCAGUACCUCUGGGGCAGCGCUCAGAGCCGUGCCCAUACCCCCGUGUGCUCCGAGUGUUGUCUGCUUCCGUGGUCUUGGUGGUGGGUGUGCUAGAGUGCCCGACGGAGGAGCCUAGGUGGAGUGCUGCGGCGGCGGCGCGCGUCAGUACCUCGGGGGGUAGUGGGUAUAGCGCAUGCCCAUGUUUCGUAUAGAUACCCCGCCUGAAGCUGGUGUGGGGGUGGAAUAGUGCGGGCUCCAGAAGGUGCGUGUCCAGUCGGGGGUGAGGGAUGAUGCGUGACCGAGAUGCCAUGUCUGCUAGCAACAGCGCCGCUUCCUCCUCUGCUGGCGGAGGCGUCGUCAUAUCCUCCAACGUCGUAGGUGAAGACCCCGUUCACGCAGGGGGCAGCAAGGAUGGCAGGAAAGGCCGCUCCAAAACCAGAGGCAAUGAAAAGCCCAAGAAGAAGAGAUUCCUCAGCUCCUCCUCCAAAUCCCUGUCUGCCAUUCCGGACCGGAUCCAACUCUCCAUGCUCAGUAGCGGCCUCAUCAGCAUUAAUGGCGUCGAAGGUGGAGCCUCACUCACUGCGCCACGCGCUCAAGGAAGCCAAUGAGCUCAAGAACACACACAAGAGAAGUAUUCCUUACGACUACAACAGAGUAGUGUUAGAUGUCCUCCCAGACGUCCCAGACUCGGACUACAUCAACGCCUCUUAUAUCGACAGUCUGCUGGCGCCGAAGGCCUACAUCGCGACACAGGGACCUCUAGAGAACACCAUAGCCGACUUCUGGCGUCUGGUCUGGCAGCACAAGACGCGUCUCAUUGUGAUGCUCACCAAGACAUUCGAUUUUAUUAAGGUGAUGUGUGUACAAUACUGGCCAGCGAUGGUUGGCUGUCCUGACCACUACGAGGGCAUCAAAGUCGACCUUCUCAAGGAAGAGCAGCUGGCCAACUUCCAGAUUCGCACUAUGAAACUCAGCUUAGAAGGACACCCUGAGGAGGAGAGAGAGGUGGUCCAGUAUCACUAUACAGAGUGGCCCUCACAUACGCAACCCUUCAUCAAUGGUCUCUUAGAGUUCCGGCGGAGAGUGAAGCUCUGGACGCAAGCCAAUAUAACUCCAGCUGAUGGCCCCACCAUUGUGCACUGCAGUGAUGGAGGUGCAAGGACCGGUGUCUACAUAGCUCUUGAUGCCAACUUGGAGCUGAACGAAGAAGAUGGCAAGCUGGAUAUCUAUGGCUAUGUCAAAAAGAUGAAGCAAGCACGUCUGGGAUUGAUCGAAACUGUGGAUCAAUAUCGGUUUGUUUAUGAUGCCCUGGAGGAGUUCUUACUCUGUGGUUACUCGUUCUUCCCUGUGAAUGAGCUAUCUCAGCGACUCAAACACAAAUCAAUGAAGGUGAAUGGCAACAAGAGCGAAUAUCAAAUAGAAUUUGAGAAAAUUUGCAAGAUGACUCCCAGAUUUACCAUCGGUGACUGUGCGGGUGGGCAUCGGGCAGACAACCGAGUCAAGAAUCGUAAUGUUCUAUGUGUUCCCCCUGACAACUUCAGACCAUACAUCACGUCAUUCCAAGGCAAUACCAACACUGAUUAUAUUAAUGCAGUUUGUGUUGACGGGUACUUGAGGCCUCGUGAAUAUAUAGUGUCCGAGUGGCCCCUGAAGUCUACUAUCGGUGAUUUUUGGUCUCUUGUGUAUGACCACGAGGUGACCUCCGUCGUAGUCUUGUGCAACCCCUCACCCUUGGAGGCUUCGAACUACCCCAUGUUUUGGCCAGAAAAACAGAAAACCAUGAAAUAUGGGCCUGUUUUCACCAUAGAUCAUGUAAGCCACCAGCACUACCAAAAUAUUCGCUCAUGGGUGUUCAAAAUCACCAAGAAGAUUGUAUCCCUGACGGAACUGAUGGCAGGCAUCAAGGCAGAGCCCAAGACGUGCCAUCUCUUCCAGCUCAUGUGUUGGCCACAGGGGCACAAGGUUCCUACCUCCACUAAUGCCCUUGUUGAGCUCAUGAACAUGGUGGAACGAUGGAGACAACGCACCGGUUAUGGACCUGUAGUGGUGGUCAGCCCGGAUGGCAUGAGUCGUGCUGGGGUGUAUUGUGCUGCCAAUGCUUGCAUAGAGCAAGUGAUUCAGCACGGUGAGGUAGAUGUUUUUCAAGCUGUUCAUACGGUUAGACGACACCGCCCUCAACUUACAAACAAUAUGACGGAGUACAAGUAUUGCUAUGACCUUGUUCUUCACUAUGUUCUUCACUUUCUGUCUAAGGAGAAUAAUGAAGAAUAUGAAGAAUUAUUACUGGAAUGAAAGAUAGUUUGGACGCCAUAGUACCAAGAUAUGGCAUUGGCAAUGCCAGAAGAAGCUGGAAAUUGUGGUUUUUUAUUGUCUCUGUGUGUCUGACAGUGCUGUAAUGGAGCACGGCCAUGUUUAUCUGUUAUUAAUGUGGUCUUGGUGUUUGGCUCAUGGAGGUUGGUUUGAAAGGGAGGAUAUAUAUAUAUACUGUUUAUUUCCUAUUUUUAUACAUGGGUUGCCAUUUUGCAGUCACAUGAUGUGGAUAAUUGAAACAUUAGCAAGAAUAUAGGCUGAAGUUGAAAACCUUAACUGGUAGACAUAUCAAGGCAUAACAAAAAGUAGAUGUAGGGUAAUCGGAAUAUACUACUAAAAUCAUGUACGUAUGGUAUGGACAUACUUUGGCUCUUCAGUAGCCCAUGUAGGAUGAAGUAUGACAGGUGAAGUUAAAUAUGUUUCAAGGGAAUUAAUAUAAUUCACAAGACAAUUCAGUUUUCAAUAGCAUCCUUUCAAUUGCAAAGGCUAUUAUAGCAUCUAAGUUAUUGCUUUGAAGCAGAUUCCUGGCAGCACAAAACCCUUACAUGAAGCAGGUAGCCUGCCAUGAAUAAUGCAUGUAAUUGAGGCCUACUUAUAAUUUUGUUGCUGUUGAAUUAUUUGCAGUUUUUACUUUUUUUGGGAAAUAAAUAUUGUUGAAUACAUGGGACUGUGUCCUAUGUCAUACUUUUGUGUAGCGCAUAUAGCCAUAAUAGAGUUGCUUCUUAUGUAAACCACUGAUUUGCUUUAGAUUUCACAAUGUUAACCAUUGACAGGACAGUCUUAGAUGUGCAAGUUUUGAGUUUUCUUACAGCUCUGAAAUUAUGCAAUGCUAAGAAUCAACUGUGUUGUUGAAGACAAUGUUACAAGUUUGGUAUAUUGUGUUGUAUUGUUAUGGAACACCCAGGUGGUGGACAUUUUACUGUGGCUCUAGAACACAAAAGGAGGACGACUUCUCUGUAUAACUUGAGCGGCUCUUCAUAAACAGCCUCAUUAGAACUAAAAGAUUCUGCCUUUUGUGUGCUAGCCUGAUUAUAGUAUUUGCUUGUUUAUAUAGAAAUUUAAAAGAUUUUAUAGAUUUAUGCUAUUUUCUUGUUAUGUAAAGGAGAGAGAUUAUUUGAAUAUGUAUAUAGGAAUAUAUUCUACCUUAAGUUGUUGGUGUACCGUUAAUAAUGAACGUCUUGAAUGACAACAAUCUUUCCAAGUAUGCAAGCAGAAUUGUCAUUACUGAACAGCACCAAAAAUGUAGUUGAUACAGUAUAUUAUAGCACAGUUGUCUUUACCACAAGGGAGUGUCGCUGGAGGUGAACCCGCAAAUUUUUAAAAUGUUUGAACGUUUUCAAACUAACCAUAUGAACCAUGUCAAAUUGAUUGGAGGUUUGCAGAAGAUGCAUGCUGUCUAUUUGUACAUAAUUGAGUUACCAGGCUGUUUUGUAAGUAAGCGAGCUAGUUAUUGUGAAUAAGGUGUGCUCGCCAACUUGAGACACUGAGCCCAAUAUAAGCAUUCCUUU